AUGAUUGGGUCCGCGUCCGACUCAUCUAGCAAGUUAGGACGCCUCCGAUUUCUUUCUGAAACUGCCGCUAUUAAAGUAUCCCCGUUAAUCCUAGGAGAAGUCUCAUACGAUGGAGCACGUUCGGAUUUUCUCAAAUCAAUGAACAAGAAUCGAGCUUUUGAAUUGCUUGAUACUUUUUACGAGGCAGGUGGAAAUUUCAUUGAUGCCGCAAACAACUGCCAAAACGAGCAAUCAGAAGAAUGGAUUGGUGAAUGGAUACAGUCCAGAAGGUUACGUGAUCAAAUUGUCAUUGCAACCAAGUUUAUAAAAAGCGAUAAAAAGUAUAAAGCAGGUGAAAGUAACACUGCCAACUACUGUGGUAAUCACAAGCGUAGUUUACAUGUGAGUGUGAGGGAUUCUCUCCGCAAAUUGCAAACUGAUUGGAUUGAUAUACUUUACGUUCACUGGUGGGAUUAUAUGAGUUCAAUCGAAGAAUUUAUGGAUAGUUUGCAUAUUCUGGUCCAGCAGGGCAAGGUCCUCUAUUUGGGUGUAUCUGAUACACCUGCUUGGGUUGUUUCUGCGGCAAACUACUACGCUACAUCUUAUGGUAAAACUCCCUUUAGUAUCUACCAAGGUAAAUGGAACGUGUUGAACAGAGAUUUUGAGCGUGAUAUUAUUCCAAUGGCUAGGCAUUUCGGUAUGGCCCUCGCCCCAUGGGAUGUCAUGGGAGGUGGAAGAUUUCAGAGUAAAAAAGCAAUGGAGGAACGGAGGAAGAAUGGAGAGGGUAUUCGUUCUUUCGUUGGCGCCUCCGAACAAACAGAUGCAGAAAUCAAGAUUAGUGAAGCAUUGGCCAAGAUUGCUGAGGAACAUGGCACUGAGUCUGUUACUGCUAUUGCUAUUGCCUAUGUUCGCUCUAAGGCGAAAAAUUUUUUUCCGUCGGUUGAAGGAGGAAAAAUUGAGGAUCUCAAAGAGAACAUUAAGGCUCUCAGUAUCGAUCUAACGCCAGACAAUAUAAAAUACUUAGAAAGUAUAGUUCCUUUUGACAUCGGAUUUCCUAAUAAUUUUAUCGUGUUAAAUUCCUUGACUCAAAAAUAUGGUACGAAUAAUGUUUAG